UUAGUUGAACAUUAUUUUUAAAUUAUAUGUACUUCUGAAAUUCCAACAUACAUAUAUUUUAUUGUCUUCAAAUUGAUGAACCAUCUUUGGUUCAUAGGAACUAGUUCCAAACGCAAAGAUAAUGCAAACAGAAAUAAAAACAAAAGCGCGUGUUGCAUUGUUUUGCUCCUUUCAUUUGUUUCUUAUUUAGUUUUCGUUUAAAAAAUAACAAAAUUCCGCCUGUUUUUUUGAUGGCUUUUCCCACAUCCAGCGCCCAACAAGCCGAAACGAACCGAAAAAUCCUUGAGGAAAUACAGACUAAAAAGCAACUGCUCAUUGGAUUGGGAAACACAACAAAUCAGAUGCCCGCACCGCAGCUGCUUGGCCAGACAGUGACAGUGAGUGCUGAUUUUCCACAGACGGUGGGCGUGGCAACCAAUGCCGGAGGCGCUAUCGGCGCGCCACGAUCUGCAUUUAAUCCAACGAGCUCUACAACUUUGGGAUUCUUUGUACCACAAGAUUCGUAUUUUGGAAAUAGUUUCAUACCCGUGCUGCCGCGUCUGGAGCCACUGCCGACGACGACGCCCACAACGCCCACGACGCCAGCGCCCAGUGCCAAGUAA